UUUAUAUCAUGGAAGCGAGGGGAAGAGAAGGUUUGCAUGAACGCAGAACAAACCAUGGUCUAAAUGAUCAUGGUAGAGGGUUAGCUCAAGAAAGUGAUGGUAGAGAUGAUGCACAUGGUAAGAAGCAGGGAAGUACACGUGUCAAUGCCUACAGUUGGGAGAAUUUUCUCUGGAUCAUAGUAGCAGCCUGUACCUUCCACUUUUCAGGAUUUCUUUCAACUGUGAUGUAUGACACACGCGUGAAUAGGGCUUGGUUCAACUGUGGUGCCGUACUGAUCUGCAUAAACGUGAUCAUAGCAGCUUACCUUAUUGGCUUUUUAUCCUGGUUCAAAAAGAUAUCAUCAGAUGAGUGGGAGAAGACAGUCCCCUAUGCUGUACCUAUUGCAACAUUGUCAUUUGUGACAGGUGCCUUUUGCUGCAUGGCAGGGCUCUGGCCAGUGUGGGGCAUUCUGACACCUAUCAUUCUUUUUGUAGAGACCAUGGGUGCUGUUGUUUUAAUUGCUAUGGUUCCGUGAUUUUCUUACCUCAAAGCAUUGAGACAUGAAUAUGAACGAACUAGGGGGUAACCUGGUUGAUACCGCUGCAUGCAUGUUCGUAAUAGUUCUAUCAGUGCAUGUGAGAGCACUGCUGCACCGUGCACGCUAUGCAUGCACACCCCUAGCCGUCCACGUAACCAUGUUUUUCAAUAAGUUAGUGUUCUUGGUUAUGUACAACUCGCGGUCAAUAAUUACCACAUUGAGAUGUAAAUUUUCAUUUUAUUUUUAGGCAAUUCAAAAUGAUGUGUACAUUUAGCUGGAAUGUGUUAGUGUAAUAUAUAUUUUUAUAAAUCGUAGCAUCUAAACUUUCAUUCAUCAAAGAACAUUUUACAAAUGGUACAAAUACCAUAAACUAAUGUAAUAAAUUCUUCUGUGAUGCUACGUGCUACGUGCGUGCAACCCUUGCUAUGCAACAUUUCUAUCCCUAACAAUACAAAAAUUAAAACGAUUUUUCAAGUUGAAUAUUAAAGCAUCUACAUUGAAA